CUAGGCUAGGUAGCGCAAGCUACCGCCCGACACCCCGACACAAAGGGAAGGUCGGUAUCCAUCCAUUCAUCGAUACGGAGGUUGUUAUAACAACAACUGUGCUUUAAACGAUUAUGACGAAGAAUAAAGAACGCAGGACAGAUGGGAAAAUGCGUCGCCUUGAAGGAGAGAAAUCGGUAGAACCUGCAGAACGCGCUCAAGGGGUAAACUAUGAAAGAGGCGGAUUUCGGAAGAAAACUUGAGAGCAACUGGAGUCGUUAUGAAGAACCGAAAGAAGACGACACUGUACAGUUUACACGGAAAAGGGGACAAGACUUCCAAGAGCUACUAAGUUGCACAGGUGGCCAGUUUCGGUUCAAGGAAGAGGGAGACGAUUUCCAAGUGUCCAAUUUCCUGUCUUUGGAUUGCCAACUGGUGACUCAGGCUUUGCAUACCAUUCCCAUCCCCCAGAGGCUACGUCUCACCAAAGAUAUCUUUCCUCGUGAAAUUUACCAGCAAUACCAAGACGACGCAUUGUCUCUGCGCUGCAAGCACUCUGGUAUUGUUCCCUGUUCCCUGACUAAUUCCCUGAGUGCAUGUCUCAAGAAUGCCAAGAAAGAGGGCGGUGCUCAAGACUUGUUGCCCUCAAAGGCUGAAAGUGUCAAUUUGGAGGACUGGCUGGAUAGUGUCCUGGAUGAUUAACUGGAAUCAAAGAGACUUUACUCUGCCACCAUUCUUCUACUAGUCAUUGUCAUAUCUUCAAUGUUCGCAGUUCUUGUUGUAUAUAUGUACAAUAAAUUUAUCUCAAAAGUA